AUGGUGGGGUAUGGGAUCUCAGCUUUGGGCCUUCUCCUGCUGAUGCAGGGCUCAGUAGAUUCGAAUGGAAUCCAGGGAUUUUUCUACCCAUGGAGUUGUGAGGGAGAUGUGUGGGACCGAGAGACUUGUGGGGGUCAGGCAGCAAUCGAGAACCCCAACCUCUGCCUACGCCUUCGAUGCUGCUACCGGGAUGGUGUGUGCUAUCAUCAACGGCCAGAUGAAAAUAUGCGGAGGAAGCAUAUGUGGGCACUGGGCUGGACCUGUGGCAGCCUACUCUUCCUGAUCACCAGUAUCUGUCUCUUCUGGUGGGCCAGGCGCCGAGACAUGCUGCACCUACCAGGCUUUCUACAAGGGAAAUGUAAUAGACUGUCAGGAACAGUCUCCCUACUGUCUAAGGUCCGAGGAGCAGGCAGCAGGUCAACCACGAUUGGCACGCCUGUCCAAGUGUACACGGUGCCACACUCCCCAGGAGGCACUGAAGUAGAAGUUGCCGUUUCCGGGGAGGAAACAGAGGGAGGUGAAGAAUAGGGCAACCCUGGAGGACCCCUUAAUACAGAUAUGGCAUAUAAAUGUGUGUCUUUUUGAGAUCUGUGGGGAGCAGAUGGCCUUAUGGGAGUGUUGCACAGUGUGCACGUAUACCUUGAGGGAGAUUAAGGGGUGGGGACUAAA